GACCUAUCCGGACACGUGGCACGUGACUCCCGCGUGAGUGGGGAGCGCCAUCAGCGAGUCCCUGCAGGCGGGGCUCGAACCUCAUUGGUAGAAAGGCAACCCGAAAAGAAGGCGCUGAUGCUGGCAACCUCGGAGUGAUUGGGGUGGAUGGGACAGGGGCAUAGCGAACUAGACUGCUAACCAAUCAGCGUUCAGGGGAAGGAACGAAGCGCGAUGGUUCUGCGGUCACAUGCCGCGGGGUCUAGUGGGCGGAGCAGUUGCUCAGCAGCCUCUCGCUGCUUCCUGUUUCCGGUUUCUGGAGCGAGUCGCAGAGCGGCGCCUUGGGGAGCGCUGGCCUCAGACAAGAACCGAGGACCGGAGUCUGCGGCCCGCUGCUCUCCGGCUGCGUCUUCCAACCCCAGGGCCACAUUCUUGGAGGCAUCUGAGUUUCGGCUGCUGUGUUUUCCGUGACACGAUGUUCCCCUUCUCUGGCUGCUGGAAGACUGAAUUGUUACUGUUGCUAGUCCUGGCUUUGGCUGUGAGAGAAUCCUGGCAGACAGAAGAAAAAUCCUGUGACCUGGUAGGAGAGAAGGAUAAGGAGUCAAAACAAGAGACGGCUCUCCUGGACAGGCUACAGCCACUGUUCAACAAAAGUUUUGAGAGCACUGUGGGCCAGGGCUCAGACACGUACAGCUACAUAUUCAGAGUAUGCCGGGAAGCUGGCAACCACUCCUCUGGGGCAGGCCUGGUGCAGAUCAGCAAAAAUAAUGGGAAGGAGACGGUGGUUGGGAGAAUCAACGAGACUCACCUCUUCAAUGGAAGUAAUUGGAUCAUGCUGAUAUAUAAAGGGGGUGAUGAAUAUGACAACCACUGUGGCAAAGAACAGCGUCGCGCAGUGGUGAUGAUCUCCUGCAAUCGACACACACUAGCGGGCAAUUUUAACCCAGUGUCUGAGGAACGAAACAAAGUCCAAGAUUGUUUGUACCUCUUUGAGAUGGACAGCAGCGUAGCCUGUUCACCUGAAGCCUCCCACCUCAGUGUGGGCUCUAUCUUACUGGUCAUAUUUGCAUCAUUGGUUGCUGUCUACAUCAUUGGGGGUUUCUUAUACCAGCGGCUGGUGGUAGGAGCCAAGGGAAUGGAGCAGUUUCCCCAUCUGGCCUUCUGGCAGGAUCUUGGCAACCUAGUAGCUGAUGGUUGUGACUUUGUGUGCCGUUCCAAACCCCGCAACAUGCCUGCUGCCUAUCGUGGAGUUGGGGAUGACCAGCUGGGGGAAGAGUCAGAAGAAAGAGAUGAUCAUUUGCUACCAAUGUGAUUGCACUUUUAAUGUCCAGCCACCUCGUCAAUCCCCAAACCAAAGCAUACACAGCCAGACUUCUCAAGCCGUCUCUUCUCCUCUCUUGCCUUGCCAUUAAUAUGCCUGCUUUCCAGUUGGCUUUUGAUCUGACCCGAAACUGCCCCCUUUGCUCCUGUUGUUUCUCCUCUGCACAAGUACAGUGGAAGGUGGACGUAGGGUCUUCAGGGCUGACUCCUGUGCCGCCAGGAAGAGCAAGGACAGCUAAAUAAAUGGGCAGAAAGCCACGAGCC